CAAUAGGGCUUGAAAGCAAAAAUUGUUGCAAAUUGCAAACGCUUCCGCAAGCAAAACCACGUAGAAGCACAAUAGAUUGCCAGGCAGGCACAAAGCUAGAGUCUUUAGCCCCUAUAUAAACCCUCCACCGAAACACACAUUUGUUUAUAUCGCUUUCAAGAACACUUCUCUCUCUGUCCAAACCUUGUAUCUAAGUUCUUAAUCUUAAAUCCGACAAGGGUUUCUUGGGGUUCGUGUCCAAAUGGCUUCUUCUCCCACCCUUCCACCCCCUCCAUCCAUCUCAGAAGAAGAGCUUGAAGAGGAGCUUACAGAUGUUGGGAACAAGCUGUUGAAACCCCCUUCUUCAACUGAUGAACUCUUGAAGCUUCUUGAUGAACUCGGAUGUCUCUUGUCCAAGGUCAGUCAAGAGCCAACUCUUUCAAUGCUCGAUGCUCUUCAGCCUUCAAUGAAGGCGCUAAUGGGUACUGAAAUAUUGAUGCACAAUGAUACUGAUGUAAAAGUUUGGGUUGCAUCUUGCAUUAGUGAAAUUGCAAGGAUUAUGGCGCCAAAUGCACCUUACAGCGAUGAUGAAAUGAAGAAAUUUUUUCAGCUCAGCAUUGUAGCAGUUGAGCAAUUAUCCAAUACCAGUGGUCGUAGUUACUCCAGAGCCGUUUUAGUUCUUAAAACCCUUGCAAACAUAAGGCUCUGUGUUCUAAUGUUGGACCUUGAAUUGGAUGAUUUAAUACUUAAAAUGUUUGAGCGGUUUCUAGACAUCAAGAGCCUACCUGAUGCUCUAUUAUCAGAUAUGGAGAGAAUCAUGACCUUGAUUGUAGAGGAAAGCGAAGAGCGUUCAUUUGAACUUAUGAGCGUUCUUCUAAAAAGUGUGAAGAGGGAAAAUCAGUAUGUUUCUCCCGUUUCAUGGGAGUUGGGGCAGAAAGUCUUGAAAAACUGUGCUGGCAUACUCGUAUUGGAUAUUCAAAAAGCAGUCAGCACCAUGGGAAUGGCAUAUACUGAGUUUUCAGAAAUUGUUGCUUCAAUAUGUCAAGUGGCGCCUAAAACAGACAAUGUGGAUACUCAAACAUUUGUAUCAGAUGCCAUCAGUCUGAUGAAAAAUGACGAAAAUGCAGAAGAACCAAGAUCUGGCAUGAUUAGUGGCGGAUCUGACACUCUUGUGCAUCAGAUCGCUUUAACCAAUUGCCAACAGAUAAGUGUCGCACCACUAAGCAAUUCCCAACCUAAAGAUAUUAGUAAAGGAGCCGUGGCACAACAAUCUCAAAGAAAAAGGGGUAGAAAACCCAAUUCUCUGAAAAAAGAAGAGGAGGGAUAUGACAAUUCAUGGGUUAUUGGAAUAAGCAGCUCUAAUAAAACACCUUGUCGUGGGAAGAAUGCCAGAAAGAGAAGUAUUCCAUCUAAUAGUUCAGCUUUGGCAGGUUCAUUUUCUCCAUCUGAACCUGGCAAAGAACCCAAAUCUCUUGCCUUUUCAGUCAAUAAUGUACAAGGUGUGAGUCUACCUUUGCCACCGGUUGAGAAUUGUAGCACUCCAGAGAAUGUUCACUCUAGACCUCAAUCUGGUGUGCAACAGAAAGAAAAAUCGAAUAGUUCAAUGAAUGCAGACAACGGCCUCAAUCUAUUGUCAGUCUCUGCAGGAGAUCUGGUCAAAACCCAGAGUGAAGGAACGCCAGUGAGAGUAGCUUCUAAAGUAUCUGGAAGCACUGGGAAUCCCCGGGGAAGGAGAAAGAGAGGUCCGGUAAAUACUGCAUCUCAAGGUGAUGGGAAAGCAAAGCGUAAGAGGGCCGCAAGGAAAAGUGAAACCGGAGAUGCUGCUGUGAAAAACAGAGAAGGUAUUAUUCCUUCUACGACAGAUGGUAUUGGCAGUUCUCAGGAAAUAAAGACGGAUUUUCCAGUGUUGCAACUUGAUGCUGGUGUACAAAAACUAGGCAGGAGUGCUCCCAUUGGGCAUGCUACUGAUAAAACUAGUGAUGAGUUUGCAUAUGGUGGGGCAUCAAAGGAUCAUGGUGAAGAGUUAGUUGGUCGCAAGAUAAAGGUUUGGUGGCCAGCAGAUGACCAGUUUUACAAAGGAGUUAUCACUGGAUUUGACCGAGAACUAAAAAAGCAUAAGUUGUCUGUUUCACAGGUGGAAUAUGUUGAUGGCGAUCAAGAGAAUUUGUAUCUUAGAGCAGAACGUUGGGAAAUAGUUGAAGAUGAGGAAGACAGCGAGGCAACUGAAGAUACACGGCCACCUUUAGUAACUUCAGCUAACAGGUUCCCCAGUGCUGGAGCUAAUUCUUCUCAUCCAGGGAAUCUCAGUGAAACGGCUUCUGCUUCACAUAAGCAAGGCAUGCUUGUCCGCAGUAAAUUGAAGCCAGAUGGGGCUGGAAGGACAAAAAGGAGGACAGUGCAUGAUGUCCACAGCAAAAUUUCACCAGCACAUGAGGCAAGUGAGCAUGCUGGCGAAACAAGCAGCAUCCCAGUCACUGUUGCUGGGUACAGGGUGAAGUCUGCCAAUGCACCUAUUCUAACCUCCAUUAUAGCGAGGUACGGUGACAUUGCUGCCAAGUGCAUGUUCACUUCAGCCACUGUCAGAGCAUCAAUGCUUGAUGUUAUAUGCGACAUUGUCAAGCGGCUGCGAAGCGGCAAUGCGCAGCAGACCCUAUCGCGGCUCGAUGCUAUGGAGACUGAGCUGCGAGAUGCAGAGGCUGCCAAAAUCGAGGUCUCCUGGCUCCAACAAUGCUUGACCAAGUGCCGUGAAGCUCAAGGCAAAAUCCCCUCCGUGCUCAGAGAAAUGGAGUCCAGCCUGUGGCUGGUCUCCAAAGCUGCAGAAAGGGACUUGGCAGCCGCUCAAAAGUGGGCCAAGGAGUCCGAAAGCUGCUUAAGAGCAUUAGCGGUGGUCGGGAAGAAGUUCCGCGAUGAACUGGCCCUACAUGAAUCCAAAGCAAGCGAAUGGCGGAAUCCCCUGGAUGAGCUGGCCAAGCCGUGAGCCUGUGAUGUGGGUUUAGAGUAGCAAACAUGUGUAGUUCCAGAAUUUGUGGAUGUUGUAAAAUGUUUGUCAAGUUAACAAGUCUUUAGUUGGAUGUAUUUCUGAGGGUUUGGUGUCAUAUUUUGACAGGAUUUCACAAGGUGAAACAAACAAAAAGUUUUUGGUUUUCUUAAAACACAACAUAUGUUGCCGUACUAUAUCUGUUUCUGUUUGUAAUCCGUCUGUUACAUGUUCGAUCAGAACAUACAAGAAGGCAAUUAAGUGUUG